AUGGAACGCUCUUUUGGCACCGUUAUUAGUGGCAAUAGGAGACCAAAUGCGGAGCUAUCGCCUGAGCAUUGCGCUGCUAUCAUAUCCAAGCAUGAGGACGGCCACAAGCCUACUGAACUUACGAGCGAAUUCGGCUGCGCGCGCAGCACAAUUUACGACACCCUCAAUCGCUUCAAGCAACACAACGCGGUCAAAUCCCUACCUCGCAGCGGGUGCCCUGUAAAGAUUAGCCGUCGCGCUGAACGCCAGAUCCAUCGGUUAGCUCGCCGGCACCCUAAUUGGAGCUACCACGCGCUUCGCUCGCAGCUACCCAAUCCGCCAUCCAAAUCGACCAUUCGGUCGAUUCUCAUCAGGGCACCCGCUGCGAGGUAG